AGAGGUCUUGUAUGGAGGGUCCUGGGGAACCGUUUGUGAUCGCGGCUGGGAUCUGAGAGACGCCAGGGUGGUUUGCAGAAUGUUAGGAUUUGACGGAGCCCUGGACGCACCGGUCUCUGAUAGGUUUGGUCAGGGAUCUGGUUCUAUUUUGUUGGAUCAGGUCGGUUGUGACGGGACAGAGGACAGUCUACUAGAUUGUGUUCAUGCAGGGACAGGACCCCACUCUUGCACACAAAGGACAGGUGCGGGAGCAGUUUGCUAUUCAGGAGCUUUUCCUGAGCCAUUUCAAAUUCGCCUGGUCGACGGAUCUAGCGGUACUGAAGGCAGGGUAGAGGUCAUGUACGGAGGAUCUUGGGGAACCGUAUGCGAUGAUGAGUGGGAUUUGAAUGAUGCCAGGGUGAUCUGCAGAAUGUUGGGAUUUGAUGGAGCCUUGAAUGCACCCGGAUCGGCUACGUUUGGUCAAGGUUCUGGGGAUAUUCUUUUGGAUAGCAUUGGUUGCACAGGUACUGAAGACAACCUGGCAGAAUGUAUCCAUAAAGGAAUAGGUGAUCACGACUGUGCUCACACCGAAGAUGCGGGUGCUGUUUGCUACUCGGGAAUUCAUCCACAUACCUUCAACGCUCGCCUAGUUAAUGGAAUGAGCAGGAUGGGUAUUACUGAAGGCAGAGUAGAAGUCUUGUAUGAAGGAUCCUGGAGAACUAUCUGUGAUCGCGGCUGGGAUUUGAGAGUCGCCAGUGUAGUUUGUAGAAUGUUGGGGUUUGAUGGAACCUUGGAUGCACCAGGAUCUGCAAAGUUUGGUCAAGGGUCUGGUCCUAUUCUACGUAAGGAUCUCCACUGUGCCGGUACAGAGCAUAACCUUGCCGACUGUCCGAUUGCAGUGAUUGAACAUAGCGAAUGUAAUCAUCAAAGGGAUUCAGGAGCUAUUUGCUACUCGGGAGGCGUUCUAGAUCCAUUUGAGGUUCGUCUAGUUGGUGGAUCUAACGAAGGUGAAGGCACAGUAGAUGUCAUGUAUGGAGGGUCCUGGGGAACUAUCUGUGACCGCGGCUGGGAUCUGAGAGACGCCAGUGUGGUUUGUAGAAUGUUAGGAUUUGACGGAGCCUUGGACGCACCGGGAUCUGCUAAGUUCGGCCAGGGCUGGGGAGAAGUAUUCCUCGACAAUGUCGGUUGCAUCGGUACAGAAGACAGUCUCGCGAACUGUCUGCAUAGAGGAAUUGGAGUUACUGAAUGUGGAUAUGAAGAAGUCGCGAGCGUCGUUUGCUUCUCGGGGAGUCCAUUUAAAAUUCGACUUGUCGAUGGAUCUAACGACGCUGAAGGCAGAGUAGAGAUAUUGUACAACGGAACCUGGGGAACCAUCUGUGAUACUUGGUGGGAUCUCAGAGAUGCAAGGGUUGCUUGUAGAAUGAUGGGCUUUCUCGAUGCCUCAGUUUCUCCGAUUUUCCCAAGGUUUGGUCAGGGAGAUGGCCAUGGCCUCCUAACUGGUGUAGGAUGCAUCGGAACAGAAGAUAGCCUCGCAGAUUGUUUUCACAGGGGAGUAGGAUCUUACCCCUGCAGUGGAGAUGCAGGGGCAUCUUGCUCCAAGGGAGUUCGACUUCUAAAUGGAUUGAACGAAUCGCAAGGGAGGGUUGAGGUACUCCAUGAAGGCUUUUGGGGGAGUGUUUGCGACGACUCUUGGGACCUUGAUGACGCUACCGUUGUUUGCAGACAGUUAGGAUUUGAUGAAGCUUUAGCAGCUCUGCCAAAUGCAAAGUUUGGUGAAGGGUCUGGUGAGAUAUUUCUGGAUGAGGUUCGGUGUAAUGGAACAGAAACAAACAUCAAGAACUGUAAACAUAAGGGGAUAAGAGUCCAUAACUGCAUACACAAAGAAGAUGCCAGCGUCAUAUGCAGACAAGCAGGUACAAGUAACAAGAUGACGCCCCGUACGGACAUCUCUAUGAGUGAGAAAACCUCUCACGCGGUCAAGCUGACAAGUCCAGAAAACAUCUUCACCAAAGUUACACAUCCGUUUCAGAAGAGCAAGCCUGAAAUAUCAACGUCAACUAAAGGGUCAUUUCUACCAGGUCUUAUCGGAUCGUUUAUUUCGUUCCUGAGUAUCGUUUUGAUCGCAUCACUUGCUUACUGCAUCAGGAGGUUCAAAAUGAGCAUGGCUAGGAGGACUUUGAACGAUCAUGGUUAUGUAGAUGUGACGAAUAUCACAUCCUUUAAUGUUCUAUCAACUAAUUCGGCACCCCAAGGUUCAAGUUACGCCCCACCCCCAUUGCCGGAUAGACCAAAUACAAACACUCUUGGACGUCAUAAGAUGGCAUUAGAAGAUAUGAAAGGUGGCGAGACAGAAGAGGUAAAUGAACAGGCUUGGAGAGACCCACCUUACCAAACACCCAGAACCGAUAAAGACUUUGACAAAGACGGGCAUCUCCUGGCGGACGCAAGUCGACCAUCAGUGUAUGGAACGACGACAUCUGACAAGGAAGGUUGUGAUGUCACAGAUGACUUGGCGAAAUCUUUCAGAAAUAAGGAAGAGAUUAAUACAUUGCCUCUUUACGGGAAUGAAGAUGUGGUGAAACAUGAGUACAUGGAUCUGAAAACAGCAUCGAAGAAGUCAAAAACAGAAGAUGUUGAUCUUAAUGGAUAUCUCCUACCAAGCAAAAGUUAUUUUGUAAGAGAAUGUGAUGCAGCGGCAGAAGGACAAUCUGAAGGAGUAUCGAACACAGGAAUCCCCCGCACUAUAGAUGGCAAGAAACUGGCAUCAACGCAUGAAACGACACGUGGAUAUGAAAACUUUUCCCCCAAACCCGCUAUUGAGAAUGGUACAGAUCUCGAUGGGCCGUCUUCUUGAUAUAAAAUGGAAAUCAAACUUAUUCAAUAAAAUUGCAUAUCUAUCACUCAAAUGAAAAAAAAAAAAAACAUGUUGGUGAGAGUUGUGACUAUUUUGAA